AUGGCUGAAUCCUCUGUUUCUUCCAACACAGAUGAUUCCAGUCCAUUUCAACUUCAAAAUGGAGAUUCUCCUGGUUCGAUUCUCGUCUCAAAUCUCCUUACCGGCGACAACUACAAUAGUUGGCGUCGUUCCAUGGAAAUGGCUUUAAAAGCUAAAAAUAAGCUUGGUUUCGUUAAUGGCUCCAUCAUCCAACCACACGAAACUGAUUCAACCUAUUCUAAGUGGGAUCGUUGUAAUAGCAUGGUGUUAUUGUGGAUUCUCAACUCUGUUUCUUGUGAAAUUGGAGAAAUCGUCGUUUACGCACUCACUGCGAAGGAUAUGUGGGAUGAACUCAAUAAUCAGUUCUCUCAAGGGAAUGAACCGAGGAUAUUUCAACUCCAGAAGGAACUUUCAUCUCUAUCUCAAGAUCAAACUUCAGUAAGUGUCUAUUACCGAAAGUUUAAAUGCCUUUGGGAUGAGUUGAUCAAUUAUGAUCAAAUACCUCAUUGUACUUGUGGAGCUUAUAAGAGUUGCAAGUGUGAUGCUACUCGUUUGUUUCUUGCAUAUCAACAACGGCAGCAUGUGAUUAGUUUCCUUAUGGCACUAAAUGAUGAUUUUACACAUGUUAGGGGUCAGAUUUUGUUGCUAGAACCCCUACCAUCCAUUACCAAAGUGUUCUCUUUAAUUAUACAAGAAGAGAAACAAAAGGAGGUUAGUUCCAUGGGGAGAAUAGGAUUUGAACCUAACGUGGCCUUCAUGAAUAAGAGGAUUGAAAGUUCUAAACCUAAUUCUGGAAAACAGUUUAGAAAGGAAAAACUGUUGUGUACUCAUUGUGGAAUGACGAACCAUACAGUGGAUAAGUGUUACAAAUUGCAUAGAUAUCCUCCGAAUUUUAGGUCAAGAGGGAAGGUUUCUUCAGCCAAUCAAGUACUGGUCCAACCUGAGAGUACACCUUUUGACUCUAAUUGCAUGUCUUUCUCUCAAGAUGAAUAUCAGCAACUAUUGGCAUUAAUUAGACCACAAGCAACUGAUUCUUCUCAUCAUCAAGCCGCCAAUAUCAUUUCUGAAAUUCCUUUCUCAUCUGUUUAA